AUGGAAUACCCUUACCCAACUGUAGUUCAUGAUAGUAGUGUAGCAAAUAGCCUUGCCAAUGCCCUGCAACUUUUAGUAGUAAGUAACCUGUUAAGCAACACGUUACCCGUGUCUGCACCAGUUGGUGCUGAAGUUUUAUUCCCUUCUGAGAUACCCGCUCAGUUGAAAUGCAACUUUGGAUACACCUCAAAUAAAGCCCCCUGUGUGAGUGUAAAUGUAGAACCUUUACCAUUUGAGCCUUGCAAUAGUGCCUUUAAGGGUUUAUAUUUUUAA